GUGUCUCGUACGUCACUCUGCGCGCGACCGAAAUGGCGAUGCACGGUGGGGGAGAUACGGGCUUUGGGAGGGCUGCCGGUGUUACUUUUACAAUACCAGACGUUACAUCUGAAAACGAGACCACACAACACGGGGAACAGCAAAAUAAAAAGCCUUGCAGGGCUUGCGUGGACUUUAAGUCUUGGAUCAAAGAGCAAAGGAAACAGAGCACCGCGCAGGGUAGUCCAGCUGAAGAAAAAAAUGAGCCCGUGGAUUGCCCACUAGAUCGGGAACAACUUGGCAGAAGUACUUGGUCUUAUCUUCAUACAAUGGCCGCAUACUAUCCUGACAGUCCCACAAACAGCCAACAGCAGGACAUGAAACAGUUUAUUAAUUUGUUUUCAAAAUUUUUUCCUUGUGAAGAAUGCGCUGAAGAUUUAAGAGCCAGGCUAAAAUCAAAUCAGCCAGACACCAGCAGUCGGUACAAUUUCUCUCAGUGGAUGUGCACUCUCCAUAAUGAAAUCAACUUACGAUUAGGAAAACCUGAAUUUGACUGUACCAAAGUGGAUGAGAGAUGGAGAGAUGGUUGGAAGGACGGAUCUUGUGACUGAGACAAAUUAAAUUUACUGUACAGAAAAAAAGAACCUGCGUGUCUUGUUCUUCAGACCUGCAAUGAUGGAAACACUAUUCUGUUUUCCACUGGAUGUUGCCUGUAAUUUUUGUAAUCUGAUUUAUUUUUGUACAUAUCUCAGGUUUGUAAUGAGUGGUUUUAAAAUUAUCAGUGCUUUCAAGUUCCAGAUUUCACUUACUGUGAUUAAAAAGUAGGCAGCAUUUUUAUAAACAAGUAAUGUAUUUCUGUUUAGAAACAUUUUAAACAGUUUCUGUCUUGAUGUUUCCACAUAUGUGACUGACGUUCCAUAGUAAAACAU